CUGGGCUGGACCGGACGGGUGCUUUUGUCGAUUCACUAGUCUUCGUGACACCUUCUUUGUUUCUAGCUUCAACACUAAUGGCAAUCAUACCUCAUUAUGGUCGACGUCCUAUAAAUUCGUCGAAAUUCCUUGUAUUUUUCCUCAUAUGAUACUGCAACACUCCGACGGAUCACGACACGCUUGACCUUCUCGACGUUACUGUACGUUCAUUCUGACGAAAGCUGUACAAGGCUUAUUUCAACUCUAAACGGUUAUCUCUUUCUUCCAAUACAAUCCAAUAAUUCUUCAACAUGCCAGCUCCGUCACUGGUCGAGUCCUGCACCAGGGCAUGCAUCAAGAACCUUCGCAGUUCGUACCAUCCCAUCAUCACUCCCCCAUCCCCCAUCCUCACUUCUUACUAACUCCCACCCCCAGGUCUCACAGACAUCGGCGACUUUGAAUACUUCAAAAUCCGCGACAUCUUAAAAUACCUCAGCUCCCCAGAACAACUCCACCAAAUCGAAGUCAACUCCCCCCAAAUCCGGGGCGAAGACGCCGAGCUCUGGCAAAAGUUCAUCGCCCGCGACAUCCCCAACUGGGAGAAGAAGAACUGGGCCCCGAAAGACGGAUUGAAAUGGUACGAAGUGUACCGCAAGUACAAGAAAGCGCAAGCGCAGGAAAUCGCGCGCGACGAAGAGGUCCUUCGCAAUGCAAUGCAGGGACUGAAACAGCACAAGGAGACGCAUGUGAGUAAGAUUGUGGAUGCGAGGACCUUGCCCAAGCUACCCAGGGACCCGAGGAUGUUGGCGAAUGGAGGCACACCUAGGAAGAAGGGGUUGAAUCUUCAGAAGGCGCCGCCGAGUAGUUUGGUUUGGAGCGGGGGAAGUAAGACGAAGAUGGUCGACUCGAAGGGGGUGUUUGCUAGAGCUAAAAGAGAAGCAAGAGAGAUCAAAGCUAUGGGAAAGUUAUCGGUUCCGACACAUCAGUUGGCUGGUAGUAGAAAGCAGAUUGUUCAGGCGCCAGCGGGGAUGGUUAAUCAAUAUCGGACGGCUGCUCAACCGCCCAUCAAGAUUCUGGCUAAGAGGAAACAUGCGAGUAGUACUUUCAGCGGAGGAAUAUCAGGUCCUUCGUUGGAAGACAGGGAGGCCAAGCUUCGGGCUCUGACUUCAGGUGGGAAGAAGGCUGCUCCGGUUUCGAGGACGAUGGUUGACCCUGAAGACGACGACGAUGAUGACGAUUUGUUGGCCAGUGGUAAUGAUUACAAGGACGAAGAAGAAGACGACGACGAUUUAUUCGAUGAGAAGCCAAAACUUUCUCGUCCAACCUCGAAGCCACCACACUCGCGUCCUGUUGCUGUAUCUUCCUCUUCAAGGGUGCCUUCGGCUAAUGGAGCUCCUGCUUCAAGUGCACCCCCUAAGCCUAUGUUGCCCAGAAAGAGACCACCUGUUGACAUAUUCAACCGUGGCCCCAAGAAGGUUAGACGUUGA